CCGGCCAGCCAUCUAUCUCUAUCGCGCCUUCCCCACCGGCAUCGACCUGUCUGCCCUCAUUUCGGUUUCCCCCAUUCCCCUUCGCACCCCCGCGGCGGCGGAGCCUUCCCGGGCGCUCACCGGACACGCGCAACAACACUAUGAGGAGGUACAGCCCCCCACACCGUAGUCCCCCGAGGAGGGGAUAUGGUGGCAGCCCCCCGCACCGCAGCCCCCCAAGGAGGGGAUAUGGUGGCAGCCCCCCGCACCGCAGCCCCCCAAGGAGGGGAUAUGGUGGCAGAGGAAGAAGCCCCCCUAGGAGGGGUGGAUAUGGAGGACGAAAGGAGCAGGGUUCUGGAAGUCUCUUGGUCCGCAACAUCCCAUUAAGCGCCAGAGCGGAGGAUCUCCGUGUUCCUUUUGAAAGGUUUGGUCCUGUUAGGGAUGUUUACCUUCCAAAGGAUUAUUACAGCGGGGAGCCCCGAGGGUUUGCGUUUGUGGAGUUUGUUGACCCUUAUGAUGCCUCUGAGGCCCAAUACCACAUGAAUCGCCAGGUAUUUUUUGGCCGGGAGAUAACUGUUGUGCUUGCUGCUGAGUCACGGAAAAGGCCAGAGGAUAUGCGCACUAGAACUAGAGUCAGGGGGUACUCUGGAGGUCAUGAAGGGCGCCGUUCCUCUCAUUAUGGGAGGUCUCGUUCCCGUUCACGCUCAGCCUCUCCCCGCCCUCGUGGCGGUGGCCGUGCUCGGUCAAGGUCAUACUCUCCUGCUCCAAGACGGCGAGAUGACUACUCUGCUUCCCCACGGGGAAGGGAGUCUCAUCGCACGAAAUCUCCUGUGCGUCAUCCAAAAGAACAUGAGGAGGACAAAAGGAGAUCCUACUCUCCCCCUGGUAGAGAUGGUGACCAACGUGAUGCUGAUAAUGGGUAUGAGAAGAGGUCGCCACCGGCCGACAGUGAUGGAUCCCCUUCACGCCCAAGGGUGGCCAGGCCAUCCUCAGGAUCGCCCCCUGGAUCCCGCUCCAGGUCCCCCGACGCUUCUCCCGCCCGCAGCGACUGAGAAAUUGGUUACAUUCUCUGCGGUCGCCGCAUCUCCAUCUAGCUACUUCCGCUCCAUUGGUUCGAGUAAAACCUUUCGAGGUGUGUUGUAUUGCUUGUUAGUGGUCACAGACGUUAUGUUCCCGCUUGUUGCUGUUGAAUCUUAAGGCCUGUAGCAUGGCGUGUCUGUCAUAUCUAUGUACCAUGUGUGUGGAUUGUCAGGGACCCAUUUUCCAUGUACUUUGUUUGGGAAAAAGCUUGUGAGUUGAUCCA